AUGGACGAAGGGAAGGGGGCUAAAUCAUCGUAUAGAGUGCCCGUUGGAAUUUGGGUCAUUGCCGUGUCGGAUUUGGAUCAUCAUGCAGGGAAACCAGUUUUGGGGGCCCUCUUGCCAGGCGAUGAUGGUCUCCAAGGGGAUGACCUAGCUAAAACCCUUGAGUUUGCUGUGCCGGACUUCCAUGACGAAUCUGUUACGUUUCCGACACUCCCGGACAAGGAAUUGGACAAUUCUAAGUACGAGGGCUUGUGCAAGGAGUAUUCUGAUUUAUUCCUCAAUCGGCCAGGACUGUCUACGGUGAUGGAACAUUCAAUCCCGUUGACUGAUCCUCGACCUAUAGCCGAGAAGCCUCGACCUAUUCCCCACAAGUGGAGAGAAGAUAUCACCCGGACCUUGGACACGAUGGAGAAAGAUGGAAUUAUCCAACGAUCAACAUCGGCGUACAAGUUCCCCUGUGUCUACGUUCCCAAGAAGAAUGGUGCUGUGAGGAUGUGCAUUGAUUACCGUAGGCUUAAUCAAGUCUCCGUUAUCGAUGCUUAUCCCAUACCUAGGCCAGAUGAUGUACAGGAACAUCUGGCCGGAGCAAGGGUCUUCUCUACGUUGGACUUAAGGUCUGGCUAUUGGCAAAUGCCUGUACGUGCUGGUGAUAGGUAUAAAACGGCCUUUUGUCCGGGGCCAGGAUUUCCCUUGUAUGAGUGGACGAGGAUGCCUUUCGGGUUGUGUAAUGCACCCGCGGGGUUCCAGAGGUUAAUGGACUUCAUCUUGGGCCAUCUACCCUUUGUGAGAGUCUAUCUAGAUGAUAUCUUGGUCUUCUCCGAUUCUAUGGAGCAACACCUAGACCAUCUACGCCAGGUCUUUGACGCUCUCCGAGCUGCAGGACUUACCCUUUCGGGUGAGAAAUGUAGUUUGGGCAUGUCAUCGGUUCAUUACUUGGGCCAUAUCUUCGGUGUUGAUGGAAUGCGACCAGAUCCAGAAAAGGUCAGAGCUAUCGUGGAAUGGCCAACGCCUACUACGUGUACAGAGCUGCGUGGAUUUUUGGGUUUGGCUGGUUAUUAUCGCCACUUCAUACCACACUUCUCGGACCGAGCACGGCCCCUUCAUCAGUUGGUUAAGGAGACGGCAAAGUUAGAGAAGAUGGUGGGAGAUCACUGGACUCAAGACCAAGAACAGGCUUUCAACGACCUCAAGCAGGCUUUAACUGGAUUACCCAGUCUGGACUAUCCGGACUUUACGAGAGCGGUCCAGAUUGUCUGUGAUGCUUCAGAUUUUGCGAUCGGAGGUGUCAUAGAACAGGAUGGAAGACCCCUGAUGUUCUUCAGUCAGACGCUCACGGGCUCCCAGUUAAAUUGGCCCGCAUACGAGAAGGAAGCCUAUGCUUUAAUGAAAUGCUUAGAUCGGUUCCGACACUUCCAUCUGGGCUAUCCUCUAGAGGUGACCAUCUACUCGGACCACAGACCACUGCAGUGGAUUCAAACGGCUACGUCAGCUAAACUACAACGGUGGUGCCUGGCUUUGCAGCAGUAUAACUUUACUGUUAAGUACAUCCCUGGAAGCACCAAUGUGCGAGCUGACGCUUUGUCACGGAUUCGACUACCGGAGAAGCAGGGAGAAGGCACGUUGGCUAACCCCACCAAGAUGGUUGGAGCUAUUAUGCCUAUGCGUCUGGAUGACGAGAAGAUGGUGGACUCGGUUGGUUAUCGGGACUUGCGUGGAGGUUUCCCUACGGGUGGUGGCCCACCACCUGUCCUAGGGGCCCUUACUCUGCAUCCAGCUAUUUCUCUGGAAGAGUUGAAGACGGCUCAAGCCGAUUGUCCGGUGAUAGGAAGGGUUUCACUCCGUGUAGCAGACCCGUCUCCGCUACGCAGGGAAGAACUCAGGGACCCUAAUUUUGUGCCGUUUAAGCGUAUCUGGCGUACGUUGGGGCUAUCGGAUGGUAUUUUGGUACGAGAAAUGAAACCUUCCCCCUAUGUGGAAGCGCGUUGGGUCCCUGUUGUACCUCCGUCCCUUCGUUCAGAUCUAUUGGUACGAUUCCAUGAAGAUGAGGACCAUGUGGGUGGAUUCCAACGUAUGCUCGACAAGGUUCAAGGAUUUGCUUAUUGGCCAGGCAUGGCUCAGGACAUCGAGCAGCAUUUAGCGAGUUGCACGUCUUGUAUUAACGCCAAGCGACCCGCCCCAGCACCUGCGCCAUUAACUCCUAUGCCUAUUGGUCGUCCCUGGGAAACUAUCGGUGUUGACCUGUUAUCGGUACCGGAGAAUGCAGAUGGUAUCUCAACGUUAUUGGUGGUACAGGAUUAUUUUACUAAAUGGGCCCAUGUCGUUCCUCUACGACAACAUACUUGGAAAGAUGUGGGACAGGCUCUCUAUCAGCUGUUCCUAUUCUUUGGACCACCCUUACGUCUACAUUCUGACCAAGGACCGCCUUUCGAAGGAUGGAUGUUCAAGCAUGUCCUCGGACUUCUGGGUAUCAAGAAAAGUAAGGCCUCGGUGUAUCAUCCGGCAGGGAAUGGACUAGUUGAAAGGUUCAACCAGACCUUCCUACAAUUGCUACGGGUACAUGUGGCUACGACAUAUGAUUGGCUGGCUCAUCUCAACUCCAUCGUAUGGCAUUAUACUACGAGUAUCCAUUCGUCAACCAGGGCUUCGCCAUUCUAUCUUAUGUACGGCAGGGAAGCCCCUUCCUCAUGGUUCCCCCAGCUCAAUCAUGCAGAAACUAUGCUCUAUGACCCCGAGGCGUACACGAGGUACAUUGCACGUGUGCGAGCUACUAUUGCUGAUGCUAUGGAUCAAUUGACGACAAAGGCAGCCGCUGCGUAUAAGGCCUCUUUUGAUACUAAGGCGAAGAAACGAAUAUUUACUAUUGGGCUUCGAGUUCGUCUGGAGACGUUAGGUCCCCAAAGAGCGAAUAAACUAUCUCCUCGAUGGGAGGCAGACUGGUAUGUGGCUGCGUUACUUCCCGGUUUAGAAGACAAGACGGUUGAGAUUGUGCACCCAGCUACUAAUCGUAGGAAAGUCGUGAGUGUGGACCAUCUUCUGGUGGACCCUCUACAGCCCCUCGACCUUCCUCCUGAGGCCAGGAUGAUGAUUCCAGCCUUUGCAGGACCGAUGGAUGUUCCAGAGGUCCUAAUACAAGUAGCAGAGUUACCCCCACCUCCCGCCCCCCAAGUUCCUAUUUUUGCUGAGUUUGAUGCUUCGAUGAGUUCGACUUCUUUGGUAGACCCCCCAAAGGUUUCCUCUGCAGGACAGGAGGAUUUGCGUGGCCCUCCUGAUCAUCGACAACUGCCGAGUUUGUCAUCGACUCCUUCAGUGCCUGCGAACUUGGAAUCUUCUCCGACUGCUAUCUUAGAUAGUGGGCUGGAAGAACGCGGGGAGGGGAGAGACCUUCUGUUCAAGCAUCGGGUGGAAGCGGACUUCGGGACCAAGAGUUGGUUCAGGAAGAAGCUUCAAGACCCGCUCCAGUUAUUAAUAGUUCGGUGUUAUCGAGUUCAUCGGUUAUACUUCGACUAUCUUGGUGAGUUGACUUCGUUGGUCUGCUGUCGGAAAGGGUUGCUCUUACGAGAACUACGAGAUGGCAUGACACGAAGGUGGAUUGUGGUCGAGGACUUGUCCAAGGCUAUGAUCCCGCGCAAGGCUCUCGGUAUGACUGAUCGGGCGCGCGCUGAGGGUUUAUGA